AAAUGAUUCGUUGCGAUCCAGCUUUUAGAAUUCCUGCCCUUCUUCUUCGAGUAAUCCGAAAGUGCCGGGAUGCUCGAAAUGACGUCUUGUUGGGAGUGUAUUUACGCAGAAGUCUGGCGUCAAAAUUCCGUUCUGUCUUCGCACAUUCUUCCUGCAAGUUAUUAUUUCUGACCUUCGAUCAUGUCGUAUACAGAGACUGACUUGUUGUCAAUCAACACAAUUCGCCUCUUGGCGAUUGAUGCGAUUGCAAAGUCAAAUUCUGGUCAUGCCGGAGCUCCAAUGGGUUUGGCACCAUUGGCACAUAUCUUAUUUACACGAAUCAUGAGCUUCAACCCCAAGAAUCCGAAAUGGAUCAACCGAGACCGUUUCGUACUCUCUAAUGGGCACGCAUGCAUGCUGCAAUAUGCCCUCCUCCACUUGUCGGGGUAUGAGGUUUCAAUGGAUGACCUGAAGCAUUUCAGGAGUCUUGACAGCAAGACUCCCGGCCACCCGGAACCCCACGAAACUCCAGGAGUAGAAGUGACUACAGGGCCCCUCGGCCAAGGCUUCGCAAAUGCUGUCGGGCUUGCUAUUGCUGGAAAGCAUCUAGCAGCUGAGUUCAAUCGGCCUGAUUUUGAUAUUGUUAAUAAUUACAUAUAUUGUAUCUUCGGGGAUGGCUGUGCAAUGGAGGGAAUUGCUAGCGAAGCCGCUUCCGCGGCCGGACACCUGCAACUCAACAAUUUAAUUGCCUUCUACGAUGACAAUCAUGUCACAAUAGAUGGCGACACAAACUGCGCCUUCAGAGAGGAUGUUGUGAUGCGUUUCAAAGCUUAUGGUUGGCAUACCGAAGUUGUCGAGGAUGCUGAUCGUGACUUGGAAGGCAUUGAAGCUGCAAUCCGAAGAUGUCAUAAAGUCUCAGAUAAGCCCUGCUUGAUAUCGUUGAGGACAACAAUAGGAUUUGGAUCGAAGCAUCAAGGCACAUGUUCCGUGCACAGCGGUCCUUUGGCGGCGGAUGAUGUCAAAGCGUUCAAGACAAAUGCUGGAUUCGAUCCUGAGCAGAGCUUCAUUGUCCCACAAGAAGUGGAGAAAGUAUACCAGGAUCGAGCUCUGGAGGGUUCAGAAAAGGAAAAGCAAUGGGACAAGCUAUUCGCUCGCUACCAGCAAGAACAUACGGAACCGGGUACAGAUCUAACACGUCGAAUGGCGGACCUGCUCCCCGAUGGCUGGCAGAAAUCCCUACCGACAUACAGUCCCAAGGACAAAUUGAUCGCUACUCGCGAGACUUCAGGCCUCACAUUAGAUUCGUUGCAAGCGGUGCUUCCAGAACUCAUGAGUGGCUCAGCAGAUUUGACACCCUCCAAUAAUACUCGCUGGCCAUCUGCUAUCGACUUUCAGCCGCCGGGCCUUAGAUUGGGAAAAAGUAACUGGAGUGGUCGCUACGUGCAUUAUGGAGUUCGUGAGCAUGCCAUGGCCGCGAUGAUGAAUGGAAUUGCUGCCUAUGGAUGCUUGAUACCGUCUAGUGGGACGUUCCUGAAUUUCAUGUCUUACGCCGCUGGGGCGAUUCGACUCUCGGCCCUCAGCCGUAUGCGUGUCAUCUACAUUGCAACACACGACUCAAUCGGCCUUGGGCAAGAUGGGCCUACACAUCAAGCAGUGGAAACAUUGGCACAUUUCAGAGCUAUUCCAAACUUAAUGGUCUGGAGACCUGCAGAUGGCAAUGAGACUAGCGCUGCGUACUACGUCGCAAUGACGAGCAAACAAACGCCAAGCAUGAUGGUCCUCUCAAGGCAGAAUCUUCCGCAACUAGAGAAUUCAAUUAUCGAGAAGGCUAUGAGGGGUGGAUAUGUGGUUGCUGAAGUAGGGGAGAGCCCGGCUGCCAUCACCCUCGUGUCUACUGGAUCCGAAGUUUGUAUCUGCAUUGAUGCAGCACUCAUGCUGAGAGACCGGCAUGGCGUUGGAUCAAGGGUUGUUUCCUUGCCUUGUUGGGAAAUGUUCGAUCGUCAGGAUAAAGAUUAUAGGUUGAGCGUCCUACUAGAUGGUAUUCCGUGCUUGUCUGUUGAGGUGCUUUCAACGUAUGGUUGGGAAAGAUACAGCCAUGAGCAGUUUGGACUCAACCGUUUUGGUGCUAGCGGAGCCUAUAAGGACGUAUACAAAAAGUUCGAGUUUACUCCAGAAGGGGUCGUGAAGAGAGCCAUGGCGACUAUCGAUUAUUAUAAGGACGCAGCACCGAGAUCUCCUGUCAACAGAGCCUUUCUAUAAGUACUUUCAUCGCUUGAGAAAAUAUGUGGAGAAAAUUCUUGAAAGCAAUGCAACCCAUCAAAUAUCGAAGACGAUAGCUACCAUUGCAUCACACGUCUUAAAUCACCAUAGAUAUUCCUUACUCUGUUU